AUCUGUUUUUAGUGUCUGGUUUGUUUCUAUUUUCUCCAGUAUCAAAUCUUAAAAUAACAUUUUGAAUAUUAGUAUCUCUAAUUAGUAAUUAAGUAUUUGUUUGUUGGUGUUAAAUUCUCUAUUUAGUAUUCAGACCAAACAAAUCCCCCCCCCCAUGUGGUGCACUAGAUGUUUAAACUGUGAGUAAUUUGGGAUUGACCCAAACUGCGGUGACCUGACUUCACUGUCAUGUGACCGAAAUCAUGUGUUAUUUUAAACACGGUUUGGCAGGCAGGUUCGAGAGCCCCCUCAUGCAGAACCACGGGAAAAUGAAUAAACCGCCUCAGCCUAUCACAGGACCGCUCUCUGUCCCUCACCCCGCCCCCUCACCAGGAUUGACAUCGGCUGUUUAUCCCCCCGGUCAGCCUGCCUCUGUUGUUUUUGCCACUCCAUCUCCACCAAUGAACUCUGCUCCACAACCCAGACAGUCGCAUUACCCUCGGGGCGGUUUGCAAAGUAACACCCCACGGAGUAACGCGCCAUGCCCCGUCCCUCCCCCUCACGUCUACCCCUCGUCCUCGCAGAUGAUUAUGAUCCAGCAACAACAGCUCCAGUUCCAGCCCAACUCUCAGGGCCACACCUACUUCAUCCAGUCUGGACAGUACCACGCACUGUACGUUCACCAGACGCUGCAGUAUUCUGUGGCCAGCGCGCCCGCAGGCUUUUACCACGGAAUCAACCCGGACUACAGCUCCACGUAUGCUGGAGCGUAUUAUCCCGCUCAAGCUCAGUACCAACCCUCAGUGACCGUCGCACCUGUUAUGAUAAACCCCACCCAGCAGCAACAGGCUCCACCCCCUCAGCAGCUAGCCCUGUCCCAGCAGCACAAAAGGGAGUGCAAACCGAUUAGAAUACGAGACCCUACUCAGGGAGGACGUGACAUCACGGAAGAGUUCAUGUCUGGAGGAAAGACCACGUCUACACCCACGCCUCCUCACUCUGUAGGCGCUGAGGUCAGCGGUUUUGUCCAGAUGAACGAUGAUCGCGUGAAGUCCCCGAGCCCUGUGGCUCCUGUGUCGACUCCUCCACCUCGUUCAGACCCUUCCCCUGAGCCUAAAUCUGUCCCAGACGUGCUCGCUCCUCCGGCGGUUCCUGUGCCUCCUGGACAAAGCGAAGACACUGUUUCAGAGCCCUCUCCGUCCUCGUCUCCCGCUCCUACAGCGCUCCCCGCGGAGCCAACAACAAGUGACGCCAUGGAUGCCCCUGUGCCUCCUGAAACCAUGGCCCAAAAGUUGGAGGAGGAAGAGGAGGAGCCUAACAUCGCCCCCGCAGGACAGCCGUGCGCUCACGUCGAGAACACCGAGCUAGAAAAGGAGACGGAGCCACACGCCAAAAUGCUGCUCCCUGAGUCUGCCUCUAACACUCCGCCUGCCGAGGAGGACGCGCUCACUGCUGUAGCAGCAGCCAACUGGGAGACGGAAUCUGCCGAGGCCACGCCCACCCCAGCACCCACAGCCACACCUGUUUCUGAGGAGGAGAUCGUCCCUGUGGACAACGGCCUGCCUCAGGAGCCCGAAGAGCUGCAAGGUGAGGAACUCGAGGCGGAACCGGAGCCGGUUGCUGAACUUGAACCAGAACCUGAACCCGAGGCGGCUGAGGUUCAGGAAGUUGAUGCAAAAACACCUGCUUCUGCAGCAGAGGAGGAAGAGGAGGGGGGGGUGGAGGAAGAAUCCGCUCCUGCUGAGGAGACAACUAUGCAAGCUGUUCUGUCUGUGCCGAAGAAGAAGAAGAGGAAAAGCGAUCUGAAUAAUAAAGUGGUCGGAGACGUGUUGGAUGCCUAUAAAGAGCUGGAGGAGAAGGAUCUCACUCCCGAGCCGGCUCCCGUCGAAGUCCCGCCCUCCGAGCCUCGUCCCGCUGCCUCUCCCUCCGCCUCUCCCUCCCCUGAGGAGACGGAUGAGACAUGGGAGGAAAAAGAGGACAAACUGGAGACGGAGAACAUCGAGCCUGAGACGGAGAAACCCAUGGAACAGAAAUAUCAGUAUAAAGAGGAGUACUGGAAGCCCAUUAAUCCGGAGGAGAAGAAGCGGUAUGAUCGGGAAUUCCUGCUGCGCUUCCAGUUCAUCAGUGUCAGCAUGCACAAACCCGAGGGCCUUCCCCACAUCAGUGACGUAGUCCUGGACGAGGCUAAUAAAGCGCCUAUGCGGCCAUUGGAUCCGAGCCGUCUGAUGAAUUGCGGGCCUAAUUUCACGCCUUCCUUCGUUAAUCUGGGCAGAGCACCCCCUGGAAGAGGACGAGGACCUCAGGGUCAGCGCAAAGAGCCACGCAAGAUCAUCACCAGCAUGUCUUUGAACGACGAUGUGCAGCUGAACAAGGCCGAGAAAGCCUGGAAGCCGUGGGUGAAGAAGUCCCGCGGCGACGAGGACGACCCCGAAACCAUCAAGACCCAGGAGCUGUUCCGGAGCGUGCGUAGCGUCCUGAACAAACUGACACCGCAGAUGUUCCAGCAGCUCAUGAAGCAGGUCACUGAUCUGAACAUCGACACCGAGGAGAGACUCAAAGGUGUCAUCGACCUCAUAUUCAAAAAAGCCAUUUCUGAACCCAACUUCUCCGCCGCUUAUACCAACGUGUGCCGCUGCCUCAUCGCGCUGAACGUGCCCACCACGGACAAACCGGGAACCACUGUGACUUUCCGCAAACUGCUGCUGAAUCGCUGCCAGAAAGAGUUUGGGAAGGACAAGGAUGACGACGAGAUCUUCGAGCAGAAGGAGCUGGACACUGCCACUGAGGGGGAGGUUCUCCAGCGGUUGAAUGAUGAGCUGGUGGAAGCGAAGGACCAAGCUCGCUGCCGUUCCCUCGGCAACAUCAAGUUCAUCGGCGAGCUGUUCAAGCUGAAGAUGCUGACGGAGCCAAUCAUGCAUGACUGCAUCGUCAAGUUGCUGAAGAACCACGACGAGGAGAGUCUCGAGUGUCUCUGCAGCCUCCUGUCCACCAUCGGCAAGGACCUGGACUUCGAGAAGGUCAAGCCCCGAAUGGACCAGUACUUCCACCAAAUGGAGAAAAUAAUAAAGGAGAGGAAAACCUCGUCGAGGAUCUGCUUCAUGCUGCAGGACGUGUUGGACCUGAGAAGAAGCAACUGGGUUCCUCGGCGAGGUGAGCUGUGCCCUAAAACCAUCGACCAGAUCCAUAAAGAGGCAGAACUGGAGGAACACCGGGAGCAGAUUAAAGUGCAGCAGCGACUUCUGUCCAAGAAAGAGCCGAGUCGAGGAAGAGGAGGGAGAAUGAAUCAGCCUCAGGACGAGGGCUGGAGCACGGUUCCGAUCAGCACCAAGAACCAGCCCAUCGACACGUCCUGCCUCAGCAAGAUCACCAAGUCUGGUGCUUUGGAUUUCAACAAUCAGCUUCUUGCCCCUGGAGGAAAGGGAUCAUGGGGCAGUUGGGGUAAAGGGAGCAGCGGUGGGUCUGGAGCCAAAACCAGCACUGAACAAGAUGCAGGACGGCCGGCUACGAGCACCCUGAACCGCUUCUCAGAUCUUCAGCAGUCAGGACCUUCAUCCACGUGCACCGUGUCUCCAGCAUGGCGGACGAGAGAGAACGCGGGAGCCGAGACCGGACCGCCAGCCGAGAGACAGGAGCAUGAAACGGCUCCGGUGCCGACGCCCGCUCCGAGUAAACCCACCCUGAGCGAGGAGGAGCUGGAGAAGAAAUCCACCGCCAUCAUCGAGGAGUACCUGCACAUCAACGACCUGAAGGCUGCAGUGGAGUGUGUACAGGAGCUGAACAGCCCGUCCGUGCUCUUCGUGUUCGUGCGUAAAACCGUGGGGUUGACGCUCGAGCGCCGCACCGUCGACCGAGAGCACUUGGGCCUUCUGCUGCACAAACUGAUCAGCGUCGCCAUUUUACCUCCUGAGCAGUACUACAGAGGGAUUCGGGAGAUUCUGGAGGAGGCCGAUGAACUGACCACCGACAUUCCGCUCAUCUGGCCUUAUCUGGCGGAAAUCAUUGCCCCCAUGCUGCAGCAUGGAGAAAUCCCCAUGGGGCCGCUCUUCAGAGAGAUGGCGAAGCCGUUGCUGCCGAUAGGAAAAGCUGCUGUGCUCCUGGUUCACAUCCUCAACCUGCUCUGUAAAGGACUGAGUCACAAAAAAGCCGGUGCCUUGUGGACCGAUGCCGGACUCAACUGGAAGGACUUCCUGCCCGAGGAUGAGGACGUCAACAAGUUUGUGACUGAACAGAAAGUAGAGUUUACGCUGGGGGAGGAGUCUGAGAAGCCGAGUAAGAAGGAGCUGAGUGCGGAGGAGCUGGGGAAGAGCCUGGACCGGCUGAUCAAGGACAAAGCCAACAACCAGAGGAUCCUUGACUGGGUGGAGGCGAAUCUCAACGAGCAGCAGAUGACCUCCAGCUCAUUUGUCCGAGCAUUAAUGACCUCCGUGUGCCAGGCGGCGAUCGUCUGCGAGAACUCAUAUAAGGUGGACGUGGAGCAGAUUACCCAGAGGGCCAAGCUGCUGCAGAAGUACCUGGUGGAUGAGCAGAAGGAGCUGCAAGCGCUCUACGCUCUCCAGGCUCUCAUGGUGCGACUGGAGCAACCGGCCAAUUUGCUGCGGAUGUUCUUCGACACGCUGUACGAUGAGGACGUGAUUAAGGAGGAGGCGUUCUCCAAAUGGGAUUCCAGCAAAGACCCGGCCGAGCAAGUGGGCAAAGGCAUGGCCCUCAAAUCCGUCACAGCGUUCUUCGCCUGGCUCAGAGAGGCCGAGGACGAAUCGGAUAACAGCUAAAAGCAAGACCGCCCCCUUCUGUCUGGGAGCUGUACUGCGCUGAGGGAAAGGACUACAAACUGAACUUGAACUUGAAGCUCAUGAAGACUCGAGACAGUUAAUGGACACAGACUACUCACUUCCCCCAAUUCCUUAUUACUUUUUGAAAAAAAAUAAAGUUGUUUUUUUUUUUUU